AUGUUAACUUCAAUGCCUCAUAUACCUCAAAACCUAGGCCUUCUCGGUUUUUCUCCUCUCAAGUCUUCUUCUUUCGCUCUCUUCCUCAGACCCUUUUCUCUCUACCCAAUCUUCGCUUCUUCUCCUUCCUCUUCCCGCCCGAGCCGUCCUCCUCGCUCCGCCGGUUACCGUCGCCGUGACCCUUCUCCUCGCUUCCCUCCGAGACGCAAGUGGAGUAGUUUCGAGGAGAAGAAGAGUAGGCAGAGGAAAGGCAUGUCUCCGAUGGAGAAAGACAAAGCUAGCUCUAAUCCUUCUUCUGACUCUUUCGGGUUUAAUAAGAGAAGAGCUGAAGGAAUGGAUAAGUUCGAUAAGCCUAAGAAGAAUCUCAAGCGGAACACUCGCACGCUUAACCCUACCAACACCAUUGCCUUUGUUCAGAUACUUGGGACGGGAAUGGAUACGCAAGAUACAUCACCUUCUGUAUUACUCUUCUUUGACAAACAAAGGUUCAUCUUCAAUGCUGGAGAGGGCUUGCAACGUUUCUGUACAGAACAUAAAAUUAAGUUAUCCAAGGUAGAUCAUAUAUUUUUGUCUCGUGUGUGCUCAGAGACAGCAGGCGGCCUUCCAGGUCUUCUAUUGACUCUGGCCGGUAUUGGUGAAGAAGGACUAUCCGUGAACGUAUGGGGUCCUUCCGAUCUUAAGUAUUUAGUGGAUGCUAUGAGGUCAUUCAUCCCUCGUGCCGCAAUGGUUCAUACACGAAGUUUUGGUCCGUCCUUGACUGCAUCUGACUCCACGCCACAGACUGGCUCAAGUAAACCAAAAGAUGAUCCCUUUGUUCUUGUGGAUGACGAAGUUGUGAAAAUCUCCGCCAUUCUCCUUGAACCAAGUCGACCAGAGGAAUCCGGGAGCAGCUCUGGUGAAACGUCAGUUAUAUACGUAUGUGAAUUACCUGAAAUCAAUGGAAGGUUUGACCCAGAGAAGGCCAUGGCUCUUGGACUGAGAGCUGGUCCAAAGUAUGGUAAACUUCAGUCUGGACAGUCAGUGAAGUCAGAUUUCAAAGAUAUUACGGUUCAUCCGAGCGAUGUGAUGGGACCUUCAGUUCCUGGUCCUGUUGUUUUGCUUGUGGACUGUCCAACAGAGUCACAUGCUGAGGAACUGCUAUCGAUUCCGUCUCUGAAGCGUUUUUAUUCAACAGACCGGGAUAAGCUUGUGAAUUGCAUUAUUCAUCUAAGUCCAGCUUCUGUAACAAACAGUCCUACUUACCAAAGCUGGAUGAAGAGAUUCCUUUCUGCUCAGCAUAUUCUCGCUGGACAUGAAACGAAGAAUAUGGAGUUCCCAAUCCUGAAAGCCAGUUCUAGAAUCACAGCCAGACUUAACUAUUUAUGCCCACAAUUCUUCCCAGCUCCUGGAUUUUGGUCUCCUCAGCAUGUUAAUAACUCGAUAGAUUCCCUAAGCAAGUGCUUCGGUUCAAGUCUUGAUGAAACCAUUUCCGCGGAAAAUCUCCUCAAGUUCACUUUGCGUCCACAUGGUAACCUUGGGCUAGACAGAUCUUGUAUCCCUAGUCAACUGACAUCCUCACGAGUGAUAAAUGAGCUACUUUCAGAAAUCCCUGAGAUGAGUGGUAAGACCGAAGAAGUCAAGCGGUUAUGGAAUGGACUAAACAACAAGAUGAUGAUCGAAGAGCCAUGGCUGAACGAGAGCACUGUUCCAAGCUGUCUUGAAAACAUUAGACGAGACGACAUGGAGAUUGUUCUUUUGGGCACCGGUUCUUCCCAACCUUCAAAAUACAGAAAUGUCAGUGCGGUUUAUAUCGACCUAUUCUCUAAAGGAAGUGUUCUCUUGGACUGUGGGGAAGGCACCUUAGGCCAGCUUAAAAGAAGAUAUGGUUUAGAAGGAGCUGAUGAUGCAGUCAGAAGCUUGAGAUGUAUAUGGAUCUCUCACAUCCAUGCUGAUCAUCAUACGGGUCUUGCAAGAAUCCUUGCCCGUAGAUGUGAGCUUUUGAAAGGAGUCUCUCACGAGCCAGCUAUCGUGGUUGGACCGAGACCGCUUAAGAACUUUCUCGAUGCGUAUCAGAGACUCGAGGAUCUAGAUAUGGAGUUUCUUGAUUGCAGGAACACCACAGCAACUUCUUGGGCUUCUCUAGAGCCCAUUAGUCCUCAGAGAAUUGCCAGUAGCGGCACUGGAGAGGGUUCGUUGUUUAGUAAAGGAAGUCCGAUGCAGAGUAUCUACAAGAGACCGAGUAGCCCACCGAUGGACAAUUCAUCAGCCUUACCAUACUUGAAGAAACUGAAGAAGGUCCUUGGAGAAAUGGGUUUGGAGGAUUUGAUUAGCUUUCCUGUUGUGCAUUGCCCUCAAGCCUAUGGGGUUAUUUUAAAAGCAGCGGAGAGAAAAAACAUUGCAGGAGAAGAGAUUCCGGGAUGGAAAAUGGUUUACUCAGGCGACACAAGGCCUUGUCCUCAGAUGGUUGAAGCUUCAAAAGGAGCAACUGUUCUUAUACACGAGGCGACGUUUGAGGAUGCAUUGGUAGAAGAAGCUGUGGCGAAGAACCAUAGCACGACUAAAGAAGCAAUAGACGUUGGAUCUUCGGCGGGUGUGUACCGGAUCGUUCUGACCCAUUUUAGCCAGAGAUACCCGAAGAUUCCGGUGAUUGACGAGUCGAAUAUGCACAAUACCUGCAUUGCUUUCGAUAUGAUGAGUAUAAACAUGGCGGAUCUACAUGUGCUUCCAAAGAUUGUUCCUUACUUCAAGACUCUGUUUAGAAACGUGGUGGUUGAAGAUGAUGAAGAAGAAGAAGAAGAGACUGAUGAUGAUGCUGAUGGUUUAAUAAGUCACAAAGUCUCAAGCUAUUUCAGGAAUUAA